CGUUUUGCUCUGGCGAUGAUUUUUGCAAUAGAGGAAAUAAACAAUGACACAGCCUUGCUUCCCGGUGUCACUCUGGGAUACCGCAUUUACGAUUCUUGUGAUUUGCCCCAGUUAUCGUUGAAAGCAGCUUUGGAGUUUCUAAACAGUCCCGCGGCAAACACAUCCUCUGAUAACUGUAAAGACUCCUCCAUUGUUCCUGCGAUUGUUGCUGAUGCUGGAUCCACGCAGUCUUUAGCAAUAGCACCUCCCAUCGGUGCCUUCAGAAUUCCUAUGGUUAGCUACUUUUCUACCUGUGCGUGCCUAAGCAAUAGAAAGAAAUAUCCGUCAUUUUUUCGAACUAUACCGAGUGAUUACUAUCAGGCUAAAGCAUUAGCCCAGCUAGUGAAACAUUUCGGAUGGUCAUGGAUCGGGACAGUUAAGAGUGACGAUGACUAUGGAAACUUUGGAAUGCAGGCAUUUGAAGAGGCGGCACAACAAUUAGGCGUUUGUAUAGCUUUUUCCGUGUCGUUCAUUAAAACGUACACUCAAGAGAAGUUACUGAAAACAAUUCACACCAUACAAAAUUCUUCUACAAAAGUUGUCGUUGCUUUUGUAGGAGAAGCAAGCAUGCGUGUUCUUCUAAAAGAAAUGAUUAGACAAAACGUCAGCGGCAUACAAUGGAUUGGCACCGAAUCCUGGGUUUCCACGUUGCUUCUUCCUCUGGAGGACAGUAAAAAGAUUGCUUUUGGUGCAAUUGGGGUGACAAUUCGCAAAGUCAGCAUUCCAGGGUUGAGGGAGUUCCUAAUGAAAGUUCACCCAUCCCAGUAUCCUGGGAACUUCUUAGUGAAAAAGUUUUGGGAAAGUUGCUUCGGCUGCACUCUACGUGUUGAAAACAAAACAGAUCCUCGAAAAACUGAACCAGGGCUUAAAGAAUGCACAGGAAGAGAAAAAUUACAGAAUAUCCGUCACGAAUUUACUGAUGUGUUGCAAUACAGAGUGACUUACACCGUGUACAAAGCAACUUAUGCUAUAGCUCAUGCACUUCACAACAUGGCGUCAUGUAAAACUGGGGCAGGACCUUUUUCCAAUGGCACUUGUGCAAAUGUUUCAAAUUUUCAACCAUGGCAGCUACUACAUUACAUGAGAACAGUGAAUUUCAUAACCAAGAUCGGCGAAAAGGUUUAUUUUGACGAAAACGGAGACCCUGUCCCUACAUAUGACAUUGUAAACUGGCAAACAAAUGCCGCCGGUGAUAUUGACAUUGUGAAUGUUGGGCUGUAUGAUGGGUCAGCUUCUGGAGAAGAAUUUUCAAUCAGAGAAGAGGCAAUUGUUUGGAGUGGUGGGCACAAGUCGGUUCCUAAAGCUGUUUGCUCUGAAAGCUGUCAACAAGGAACAAGGAAAGCAGGAAGAAAAGGACAACCCAUUUGCUGUUUUGACUGCAUACCAUGUGCACAAAAUGAAAUUAGUAACAGAACUGAUUCCAUUCAAUGCACAAAAUGUCCAUUGGAAUUCAAGUCUAAUGAAAGACGGGAUCAGUGCAUUCCAAAGGAAAUCGAGUUUCUUUCCUUUUCUGAGACAAUGGGAAUCAUUCUGAUGACACUGGCGCUGUUGGGAGCCUGCACAGCUGUUGGUAUAUUUGCAAUAUUCUACGUCUACAGACACACUCCAAUUGUUAAAGCUAAUAACUCUGAGUUAAGCUUCCUUCUUCUUCUUGCCCUGACACUUUGUUUUUCGUCUUCAAUUACAUUUAUUGGAGAGCCUUCAGUUUGGUCUUGUAUGUUCUGCCAUGUAGCGUUUGGUAUUAGUUUUGUUUUUUGCAUAUCUUGUGUAUUGAGUAAAACAAUAGUGGUGGUGAUGGCAUUCAAAGCAAAAUUUCCUAACAAUAAUGUGAUGAAGUGGUUUGGACCAAGACAACAACGGCUGAUGGUUUGCAUCCUUACUCUUGUCCAAUGCGCAAUAUGUACUGCCUGGUUAAUUGUAUUUCCACCUUAUCCUUUAAAAAACACAAGUCAUUCUAAUGAGAUAAUCAUGUUUGAAUGCAAUGUAGGAUCUUCGUUAGCCUUCUAUUGUGUGCUUGGCUAUAUUGGAUGUCUGUCCUGUGUGUGUUUUGUUGUAGCAUUUUUAGCUCGACAACUUCCAGACAACUUCAGUGAAGCUAAACACAUAACGUUUAGUAUGCUUAUCUUCUGUGCAGUCUGGAUAACUUUCAUUCCAGCUUACAUAAGUUCACCAGGAAAAUAUACUGUGGCUGUUGAAAUAUUUGCUAUUUUGGCCUCCAGUUUUGGUCUUCUUUUUUUCAUUUUUGGCCCAAAAUGUUAUGUUAUUCUUUUGAAAAAAGAAGAAAAUACAAAGAGGAAUAUGAUAGGUUCAGUGGCUUCCAAAAAUACCUGA